AUGGAGGGCAGCCCGAAGCAGCCGUGCCUGCGGAGGGGGCCCCGGGAGGUGGGGGACAGCCAGGCCCUCGCCAAGCUGCAGGAACUGGCCCUGACAUGGUUCACGGAGACACAGGCACCCUCCAUCCUGCAGGACGGAGCCCUGCCCCCCUGGUUUCACGGAUUCAUCACCCGCAAGCAGACGGAGCAGCUGCUUGGGGACAAAGCUCUCGGCUCCUUCCUCAUCCGCCUCAGCGACCGGGCCACUGGCUACAUCUUGUCCUACAGGGGCAGCGACCGCUGUCGGCACUUCGUCAUCAACCAGCUGCGGGACCGGCGCUACCUGGUCUCGGGGGACACGCACAGCCACGGCACCCUGGCCGACCUCGUACGCCAUUACCAGGAGGUGCAGCUGGAGCCCUUUGGGGAGACCCUGUCUGCUGCCUGCCCGCGGCCGGAGGACAAUGAUCUAUAUGAUGCUAUCACCCUGGGCCUCCACCACACCCAUCUGGGCCCGGACAACCCAGCCGUCACAGCUUCGCCAGCAGCGGUCCUGGACGAGGCUGCCAACCCCUGCCCCUGCCCCAAGCCACAGGUCUCCUUCCUCCAAACCAAGAGCCGGGAUGCCAGUUCCUGCAGCUUCUCGGAGCAGGGGGGCGUGGCGGUCCCCGGGAGGGUGCCUCCCCUCCCUGAGAGGAGUGCCUCCCUUCUGGAUAAGUCCUUUGGAAGCCCUAACAACAGUAUCUACUCAGACCUGAGGAAGAUGAACCAGGCACAGCUAGGCCUGGGCCCAGAGGCAUCCGGCAGACCCAGGCCAGCUCCAGGGGGCAGCCAGCCCAGCUCCCCUGGCAAGGAGUCCCUGAAGAGACUCUCGGCUGGAGGUCAGAACAGGCCUGAUGGCCUGGGGCCUGCCUUCUCUGGGGUGAGCCCUGAGCAGGGUCCCACAGGGCCUCCCGCAGCCGGGGGCCACCUCCCCCCCGCUUCUGAGGCCCUGGGAUCCUCCGCCACCCCCUGGAGCCAGGCAUCUCCAAAGCUGAGCCACAGGGCUCAGCCCGGCUCCCAGGGCACUUCUGCAGACACUUACCAGCUCCUGCAGACAGAAGGUCCGUCAGAGCCCGGGGACACGCCACACCAAGGAGGCAGUGCCUAUGCGCAGGUCCCAGUGCGCUGGGGCUCACCCAGGCCCCCGUGUCCCGGGACCAGUCCUCCAACUAGCAGGCCACCAGGAUCCACAGACCGUGGCUACAAGAGGCUCUCAGGGGCCCCAGAGCUCCCUGAGCCCGGGAACACCUAUGAACAAAUCCCAGCAGCCAGGAGCAAGGAGACUGGACAGGCACACAAGGUGGGCUCCACAGGGGGAUGGGGUGGCUGCCAGCCCCUGCUGGUAAGAGGGAUCCGUGACCUUCAUGCCCGAGCAGAUUGGGUCACUGCUACUGCUCCGAGGGGCCCAGGAUUUUCUAGAAGUAACAUAUGCUUGGAGGUGGUGGGAGGGGCUGUUGCUCAGCUUGAAUGCAAGGUGUGGUCUUCUAGGCCCUUCAGAGGGCUUUCUCUGCAGCCCAAGUUUCCCGGCGCCCUCCAAGCCACUUGGCCCUCACUGUGGCUCAGCUGCCCCCAGCCACAUGGCUCUGGCGAGGCAACUUCCCUGGCGGACCUUCCUAAGACUGUGUCCCAAACACUGCGGUUACUGCUCGUUUUCCUUCAGCAACCCGACCCAGGACCUCCCUCUCUUCCUUUGUACAACUGUCUGCCCCAGGGCAAGGCUAGACAUACUCGCCGGCUCAGGACACAGCCCAGAGACAGCCGGGCAGAGCUGUCAAAUGCAGGGUUUCUGAUCUGA